AUGUCGUUGCCUUUCACCAUCAACCCGUCGGCGAUCCCCAUGGUGCCGACCCGGAAGGCGCUCAUGAUAUUGGACCUGCAGAAUGACUUUGUGUCUCCGGACGGGGCGCUGUAUACAGGGGACCCCGGGGGUUAUGUCGAGCGCAUCUUGGAGCUGGCCAAGGCUUUCCGCGACUCGGGCGCCGGCGAUGUCAUCUGGGUGCGCACCGAGUUCGAGCGCAACUGCGCUCUGGUGGGCGACUGCCCCCCGAUCAUCACCGCGGACGUCAUGAUCCGCGAGAACAAGGCGGCAUCGGCGCGUGCGCGUGGACGCCAACCGACGUCGGCCACGCACGAGACGGCGGCCAUGGAGAAGGACGAGGAGGCCUUCCUCAGCGUCGGUACCGCCAAGGACAAGAAGCCGUGCGUGCGAAAGGGCACCGAGGGGGCCGAGUUCGCCCCUCAGGUGAAGGCGGCCGUGGUGGCCGGCCGGGAUAUCGUGUUCACCAAGACGCACUACAGCGCCUUCGCGUCGGGGCAGCAGCAGCUGGUGCAGAUGCUCCGGGGACGCUUCGUGACCCAGAUGUACAUAUGCGGCGCGCUGACCAACAUCAGCAUCUACGCGACGGCCCUGGGCGCGGGCCAGCACGGCUACGAAGUCACGCUGGUCGAGGACUGCUGCGGCUACCGGAGCAUGGUGCGCCACCUCAACGCCGUCCGCCAGCUCGACCGCUUGGCCGGUUGCCAGGCCAUCAGCUUCGACAGUCUUGUCGAACAGCUGCGACCUCCCGCCCCCGCCGCCGCCCCGAGCCUGUCCACGGGUCUCUCUCCGUCCAUUUCCAAGAUCUCGCUCGAUCUCGACGGUGGAUCCCGGGAGAAUCCGCCCCCCGCAUCAUCCUCCCCACCCGUUCCCGAGGCCAAGCCUGCUUCGCCGCACGCGGCGCCGGACAAACCCCGCCGCGGGUCCUCGACGCACGGUAGCCGCAAAGGGGAAAGAAAACGGCCCCUGCAAGAAGAAGAAGAAGAGGAAGAGGAAGAGAAAGAGGAAGAAGAAGAAAAGGAAGAAGAAAAGGAAGAAGAAGAAAAGGACACGGAAAGGCAAAGAACUGAGCACCCUCCCAAGGCGAAGCGGAGCGAGUUGCAGAGCUCAAAAGGUCCGGUCCUCCCCCCCGGGACCGAGAGCACACAAGCUGAACAACCCAGGGUCAUAACUCGGGUCGAGCAGCUGCCUGUCCGACGAGCGCAGUCGCAGCAGCAGCAGCAGCAGCAGCAGCAACAACAACAACAAGAGCCGACGGCGACGACGACAACGGCGACCACGACGACGACCACGACGACAACGACGACGACGUCCCCCCCGCCGUCAGAUCCCGCCAUCGCAGACGAGUCAUCCGCUCGAGAACCAGCGGAGCCGAAAUCCGAGGUCCGUUCCGCCGCUCCAUCGCGCAUUCCCGUGCCGCCGGAACCGACAUCGCAGGACAGCAUGGCUGAGCGACAGCUGACCCCUCAAUGUGGCGAACCUCUGUGUGAGGGCGACACGCAUGUCAUCACCAACGUCCUCCCCCCCGCCCUCGCGGCCGACGCCUUUGACCGUCUGCUGGAGGAAGUCAGCUGGGCCGGCAUGUCGCACAUGGGCGGGGAGGUGCCGCGCCGCAUCGCCGUGCAGGGCGCCGUCGCCGACGACGGCAGCAUGCCCGUCUACCGACACCCGGCCGACGAGUCCCCCCCUCUGCUCCCAUUCUCCCCCACCGUAAUGCAGAUCAAGGCCGAAGUGGAGAAACACCUGGGCCACCCGCUCAACCACGUUCUCAUCCAGCACUACCGGACGGGCAACGACUACAUCAGCGAGCACAGCGACAAGACGCUGGAUAUCGUCCCCGGCAGCUUCAUCGCCAACCUCAGCCUGGGCGCCGAGCGCACCAUGGUCUUCCGCACCAAGCGCCUGCCGGGGGACCAGCACCGCGCCCAGCGGCCAGGAGGACCAACAGCAACACCACCAACACCAACACCACCAAGACCAGCAGCACCGCAACAACAACAACAAGCCCAGCGGCGCCAGACCCAACGCGCCGCGCUGCCGCACAACUCGCUGCUGCGGAUGGGCCUGCGCACCAACGCGGCCUGGCUGCACGCCAUCCGCCAGGACCGGCGCGCCGACCGCGACAAGACGGACGCCGAGCGCGCCUUCGGCGGCGCCCGCAUCAGCCUCACCUUCCGCCGCAUCGGCACCUUCAUCGACGCCGACCACGCCCGCAUCUGGGGCCAGGGCGCCACCGCCAAGACCCGCCCCGCCGCCCGCCCCGUCGUCAACGGCCAGACCGACCAGGCCGUCCGCCUGCUCAAGGCCUUUGGCGCCGAGAACAACCGCGGCGCCCCGGGCGAUGCCGGCGCCGAUGCCGGGUUCGACUGGACCGAGUGGUACGGCGACGGGUUCGACGUCCUGCACAUGGGCACGCCCAAGCGCUUCCUGCCCUCGUCGUCCCCGGCCGCCGCGGUGGGAAACCUGUCGGUCGCGCUGGCGCUGGCCGAGCUCGGCGUCGGCUGCGCCAAGGGCAGCGUCGAGGGCGAGCUCCGGUUCGAGGACAACGACCCGGCCCGGACGGUCGUCGGCGGCGGUCCCGCCGUCGUGCUGCCCUACCUCGACGCCGUCUACGGCCCCGGCCGCCGGUACGACCAGAUGCUGCCGGCCCGCGUCGCCAAGCGGGUCGCGCGUCUCCACCGCGCCCUCGACCUGCCGCGCAAGUGGCGCGCCGCGCUGGCUCAGGCUCAGGCUCAGGCCGAGAUCGAGGCCGAGGCCGGGGGCGGGGCCGGGGCCGGGGCCGGGGCGAGCGCUUCUUCCGAGCAGGAGGAGGCGGGUGCUGCUGCUGCUGCUGCUGCUGCCGCUAGUGGCACGGGUGGCGGGGAGAGGAGGACCGGCGUCGGCGCCUUCUACAUCGCCGGCGGCGCCCAGCCGUCCCCGGCCGACUUUGCGCUCUGGCCCGCGCUGCACGACAUGGUGAGGGCGUGCGGCGAGGAGUUGCUGGGCGAGAAGCUCAGGCGGUAUUAUCUCGCUUUCAAAGAGAGGAGUUCCGUGGCCAAGGCAUUGGGACAGCUCAAAGAGGAGUAA